ACCCCAGCGCCGUAGUGUCAUUUCAAACUCCGAAAGCCUCGUCAACGAAGGCUUCAUAAUGUGUAUCCCAGCGACACGGACGUUCUCCUCAAACCAUCUCGAGGAUGAUUGGUCUCAAGAGCACGCUCAACGUCAUUGACAACUCAGGGGCCCUCCUCAUCGAGUGUGUCAACGUCCUGAAGCAAAAGGUCAACAAUGGCUGGGGCAGUGUCGGUGACGAGAUUGUGUGUGUGGUCAAGAACGCGCGACCAAUGCCCGAGGGGCUUCCAAACGGCAUCAAGGUGCGAAGAGGAGACGUCCGACGUGCGGUCAUCGUUCGCACGAAAAAGGCCGUACGGAGACCAGACGGGCGGUUCAUCAGGUUUGACGACAAUGCCGCGGUCCUUCUCAAUAACAAGCGCGAGCUCCUGGGGACGCGUAUCGGUGGCAUCGUUAGUGCGGACCUGAGGAUGAAGGGGUGGGCGAAAGUCAUUAGUUUGGCUCCUAAGGUUGUAUGAUACAUGCUCGCCUAAUUUCAUGGCUUAAUAUCUCUUUACCGUAUGCGCGCGGUGUACUGGAACAUCUCACCCAAAUGUUUGAGUGACUCGCGUCUCGUCCAG